CAACAGAUUCGAAUAAGUGAAGCGUCAAGAUGGAGAUGAACAAGGCGACGCUGCGAAAGAUCUGUAAAGAUCUGGACCUGUACAGUACGCCCAGCAUCAACGACCGACUGUACCUGCAUUACAAGGGGUUCCGACGUAUUGAAAACUUGGAAGAAUACACCAACGUCAAGGUGAUUUGGCUGGAAGGCAACGGGUUCAACAAGAUCGAGGGGCUGACGGAGAUGCGGGAGCUGCGGUCGCUGUUCCUGCACGAAAACCUGCUGGAAACCAUCGAAGGCCUCGAGGCCCAAGUCUACUUGGACACGCUCAAUUUGACCCAGAACCACAUUGCCAAGAUCGAAAACCUCAGCCACAUGACUGCUCUCACCAACCUGUCCAUGAAGGGCAACUACCUCCGCACGGCCGACGACAUUGCGCACGUGCUGGAAAUACCGAGCUUGUCGGUGCUGGACAUCCAAAGCAACCGCAUUGCCGACCCAGCUGUGGUCGACGUUUUGGCCCAAAUGCCCAAUCUUCGCGUGCUGUACCUCCAGGGCAACGACGUGGUCAAGCACAUCAAGCAGUACCGCAAAACGGUCGUGGCGCGGUGCAAGAACUUGCGCUACUUGGACGACCGCCCAGUGUUUGACGACGAGCGCCGUCGUGUGAAUGCAUGGUACAAGGUGCUCGAGGACACGAACGGCGACAUGGACGCCGCUUUGCAGGCGGAGCGGGACGAACUGGUGGUGAUUCGCCAGGAGAAGAAGGACAAGGACGAGGCCAACUUUCGGUACUUUGAAGAGAUCAUGCGCAAAGGCAAAGCCGAGCGCGACCGCCGCGAGUCGUCCAACAACCAACAGGACGAAACGUCGCCAUACAGCGGAGAAAAGAUCGUGCCGGCGGAGGACUGCAAGCUGGUGCGGGAAGCGCGAGAGCGGCGGUGGGCCGCCGUGGUCAACGACGAAGACGUACCAGUGCCGCAUGGAUCCUUGUUGACACUGCCACCGCCGCCGCCGUCUAAGGCGGAGGUCGUGGAGGUUGAUGCAGAUCGACUCAAGUUGCUGCACGACUGCGCCGUGGUUGGCACUGGCGCCACGGCCGCCAUGGAUGCGUUUGUGAACGAAACGUUUACUCUGACCAACAAGGACAAAGCUGCCAAGAAAGUGGAGCAAUUUCAACAGAUGGACGGACCCCGCGGCGGAUUUGCCGCGCGCUUGGCAGCGGCGCAAGAUGACGUCGCGGCCAAGCUCAUGACGACACCCUUGCAUACCAACAUGGCCGAGCUCGACUAGGGAAAUGCAUGUACAUCGGUCAAAAAAGUUCGACCAGCUAUUAAUCACUGCAUAUUACUACAAAGUAUUACUGUACGACUAACGUUAUUUAUACGUAGAACUAUUAUUAUAAUACGUAGACAUACUAUUAAUAACAGUGUAAGCUUAGUAUUGCUCUG